UAACAUUCUGUCUCACACAGCGUCAGUCACACAGUUUCACUGAAGCUGUUAACUUCAAGACCUCAUCGUCUCUGUGGAUAUCUCGUCCCGUUCAGUUUUUGUCAAGUUUUUACUUAUUUGUUGAUCUCAACUUAGUUUAUUAAGAGAUUAACACGUUACUGCUGAACUAAAUCACCUGUGGAUUUUAUUUUUGUUAUCAUAUCUGCUGGACCACAUUUUUUAAACUCCUGGUAAAAAUGUCCCGCCCCAGCAGUCUGGAUUUAGACAGAUACAGCAGCCUAGAGAAGUCUCGUCGCUCUACCAGUCGCAGCCAGCCCAGGACCCAUGCAAAAAACGGGGAUGUCCUGUGUGACUUCUGCACAACAAGGAAGCAGAAGGCUGAGAUGUCCUGCUUGGUGUGUCUGGCAUCUUACUGCGAGGCCCACCUCCAGUCUCACUAUGAGUACCCUGCCAUGAUGAAGCACAAACUGGUCAAAGCUACAGGUCAGAUGAGAGAGAAGAUCUGUGCACAGCACGACAAACUGCUGGAGGCUUUUUGUCGCACUGAUCAGACUUCAGUGUGUGUUCUGUGCAUGAUGGAUGAACACAAGCACCACGACAUCGUCCCAGCUGGAACUGAGAGGACAGAGAAGCAAAAAGAACUUGGUACCACGCUGCACAAAUCUCAACAGAGGAUUGAUCAGAGAAUUAAAAAGUGGCAGGAUCUCCGACAAGCUGUAGAAUCCGUUAAACACUCUGCUCAAACGGUCCUGGAGGAGAACGAGCGAAUCUUCUCUGAGCUUCUGCUCUCCAUUGAGCGGAAGUACAAUGAAGUCAAGGAGAUGAUACGCUCCCACGAAAAGACCACCGUGACUCAGGGAGAGAUACUGCUAGACCGCUUGGAGGAAGAGAUCACUCUGCUAAAGAAGAGACACACUGACCUGGAGAAGCUCUCACACACCGAUGAUCACAUACACUUUCUGCAGAGCUGGCAGUCUCUGUCGGGCCCCUCAGGAUAUGAAGACCUCAACAACAUCAGCGUUGCUCCCUAUUACUCCUUUGAUGCGACCAAGAGAGCCAUUGCUACACUGAAAUUGCAAGUAGAAGAAGUCAGCAAGACAGAAAUGAGCAAAAUCUCUGGAGCAGUGAAGGAAGUAUACAUCACGCAAGAAGCUGAGAAGCCAAGGAGAGAAUCAAUUUUGAGGGAAGAACCGAAGAUGAGAGAAGAACCGAGGAUGAGAGAGGAACCGAGGAUGAGAGAGGAACCGAGGAUGAGAGAGGAACCGAGGAUGAGAGAAGAACCAAAAACAAGAGGCGAUUUCCUGAAAUACUCUUGCCAGUUGAUACUGGAUGUCAACAGUGUCCACCCCAACCUUCACCUCUCUGAGGGCAACCAAGCAGCUACGAUGAAGAGUGAGCCGAAGAACUACCCUGAUCACCCAGAUCGAUUUGACCACUGGCAGCAGGUGUUGUGCAGGGAGCGUGUGACUGGGUCUCGUUGUUACUGGGAGGUGGACUGGAUGGGAACAGAGGUAGACAUGGCCGUAACCUACAGGGGAAUCCGCCGUAAAGGAAACAGCAAUGAAUGCAGCCUGGGCUGGAACGACAAGUCCUGGAGUCUGUACUGCUCUGACUCCAAAUUCUCCUUUGUGCACAACAACAAGAGCAAAGAUAUUUCAGCUCCAACGUCUUCUCGCAUUGGCGUCUACGUGGAUCAUGCAGCAGGAAUACUUGCAUUUUACAGUGUCUCUGAUGGCAUGAAGCUUCUGUACAGAGUUCAGACUACAUUUACUGAGCCCCUUUACCCUGCAUUCAGUGUGUGGGGCUUUGGUACCAGCAUAAGACUGUAGGACAGUUAGCAUAGUGCCAGUAAUUGGCAUCAAAAUUACACAAUAUUGUCAAUGAUGCAUUGAAAUUUAAAACAGGGUGUCUGUUUGUUUCACUCUUUGCUAAAAGUUAUUUUUUCCUCAUGAAAUUAACUAUUGUGUGAGUGUUUUAAACAAUCGAACUGAUCUGUUUUUGUCCUUUUCAUUGCUGACUGUUGUUUUGGAGCAAUAUACUCUAUGGGAUCACAACAAAAUGUUAGUUUUAACUAGUAUAUUCAUGCAACAAUUGUAAAUAAUGUUAUUUUCCUGAUGUCUCAUAUCUUUUUUUAUUUUAAAUCAUAUUAUAUUUACAUUAAUGAUUACAUGCUGUCUGUGAAAUUAAAUCAUAGUUUAUAUUACUGAUUUAUUUGGCACAUUAAAUAAGUAUUUGCAUGAGA